GGACAGACAGACACACACACAUACACACACACACACACGCACGCACACACACACACACAGACAGAUACACCAGUGAAAGGGACUAGUUCGCUCUUCUUGUGUCCUGCUCACCAUGGACGUCUCCACAGCCACGCUACUGCUCACCUGUCUUCUCCACGCAGCGUCUGCCCAGGCGCCCUCGCUCUCCAUCGAGCCCCGGGGGGCGUCGGCUCGCCUGGGCGACACGGUGAGCUUCCGCUGCCAUGCCAUCAGCGGAACACAGCCCAUCAAGCUGGAGUGGAAGAAGACCAGCAACCAGGCCUUAGGAGAUAAUGUGAAGAUCGGCCCUGACGGUACAGUGUUGACCAUCACCAACGUUAAGAGCAUCAACCAGGCAUCCUACCGAUGCAUCGGCACCAACAGCCAGGGCAGGGGAACCAUCACAGCCUCGCUCAACAUCAAACAGUCGCCAAAGGUGCGUGUCACCCCUGCCAGCCCUGUCGAUCUCAAAGUGGGCGAUUCUUUGGCACUGGAAUGCCAUGCCACUGGGAAACCCCGCCCCACAAUCACAUGGUACAAACAGGAAGGAGCACACUACACAGCACUUGUUUCCUCGACAACCUCUGAUUCCAGUGCCCAGUAUAAGGUGUCAGCGUUGAGAGCUCGGGAUGAGGGUACCUACAUGUGCCGUGCCCAGAACAAGGAGGGCACCACGGAGAUGAAGGUGCAGGUGCGGGUGAGCGGAGGGAACUCCGGCGGUGCCCUGCCCAAGGCCACGGUCGCCGUGGAGGAGAUCAUCGCCGUGCAGGGCCAGACCGUCACCAUGCAGUGCCAGGGCAGCGGUUCUCCUACUCCGGUAAUCUCCUGGUCCAAGUUAAGGGCUCCAUUGCCAUGGCAACACAAGGUAGUAGGGGGCACCUUGACCCUCACUAACGUUGGGAGACAGGACUCAGGCCAGUAUAUCUGCACUGCCACUAACUCAGCUGGAGAGACAGAAGCCUAUACGCAGAUGGAGGUGGAAUCCCCGCCCUACGCCACCACUCUACCUGACCAGGUAGCGGCUCGAGCUGGUGACGCCCUCCGACUACAGUGCCUCGCCCACGGCUCCCAUCCAAUCACGUUUCAGUGGAGCAGAGGGGGUGGGGCCUCCCUUCCCUCUGGAGCCAAGAGCACUAGCGAGGGCGCGCUGCUGAUUGGUCAGCUGAGCUCGAGUGACAGCGGUGUCUACAAAUGCACGGCCACCAAUCACGUGGGCUCCCAUGAAGCCCAGGCCAGAGUGACUGUGAAAGGCUAGGAAGUGAGGCGUCUGACACAUCCUGCAGGUGAUGGCCACGGUUUCGCCAGAUUCGAGCGCACGCACGCACGCACGCACGCACGCACGCACGUACACAGACACACAAACACACACACAAACAUGCACACACACACCAACACACAAGUACACACGCACAUGCAUAAAAAUGAAUGCAGACACAUGGACAUACAAACAGGUGUGCACAAGUUCACAUACUGUAUGUUCACAUGUGCACAGAUACAUAUGCACAGGCAUCCACACACACACAAGCCCACCUACACAUACAGUACAUACUCCACGAAGAGCCAAAACGCUGCCUGCUUUGCUUACCACAGCGAUGCUAUCUAGCUAUCCGCGAUGGGAAUUCAGGAAGAGAACAUUCCAGACUCUUCUUCUACGGCUGUCUCCAUGUAAACCAGAUGAUAACCAAACAAUAAAACUGAGGGUCUCCAAUUGAA